AUGGCGCUCGCGCCGACGUCGAGCCUGCGAACGCCGCUGACGCCGAGCUCGCGCGCCCUGGAAGCGAACGCCCCGGGGACCGCGUUCGCGUCCGUGGCGACGCUGACGGCGUACCUCCGCGUCGACGCGGACGCGUGCGACGUGGAGUCGUCGUCGGAUCUGUCGGAUGCCUCGGGAGAGGUAACGCACGCGGAGGAGAAGGAGGAGGAGGACGACGACGACGACGACGACGACGACGACGGCGGCGGCGGCGGCGGCGGCGACGCGACGCGCGCGACCGACCCGCGCAUGAGCAGCGCGCGCGACGUUCACGCGGAACUCCGCGCGGAGGCGAGCCUCGCGGACUGGGCGAGAGAGGACGGCGACGGCGACGACGACGACGACGACGACGACGGCGACGACGACGGCGAGACGAACGCGACGUGCGCGACGUGCGCGACGUGCGCGACGAACGCCGACGACGACGCGUUCGACGACGCCAAGUCCCCGCCGCCGCUCCCGCCGUCGUCGCGCCGUCGCCGUCAAGCGUCGCUCGUCGUCCUAGCCGCGUCGAAGCGCGCGGACGACGAGCAGACGCGCCUGCUGCGCGAGCUCAGGCGCGUCCCAUACCGACACUGGUCCUCAUACGAACUGUCUGGUUUCUUAAGGACUACGUUCUCUCCCGGCGUCUCUCUCCGCCCGCCCCUCGCUUUCAACGCCCGGCCUCGACGCCUUCCAACUCCAUCUGACGACUUUGAACUUCACCCCGACAUAUCAUACGUCGCUUCGCGUGGACCCAAAACUCUCAGAGACGACGCGGAGGCGAACGCGACCGCGACGCGCGCCGUCGCGUCCGAGCUCUCGUCGCGACUCGAAAACGCGGAGCGACGCGCGCUCGACCUCGUCGACGCCGCCGCCGCUUCGCGACGCGAAACGACGCGCGAGACGUCGCGCGCGGACGCCGCGGAGCGCGCGCUCGAGGACGCGAAUACGGCGCUCGAGGACGCGAAUACGGCGCACGAGAACGAGAUGCGCGUCGCGCGGUCGGAGAGCGCGGAGAGCGCGGAGGAGGACGCGUCGGCGGCGCGCGCGGAGACGGCGCGCGUCGCCGCGCUCGCGAAGGAGAAGAUGAAACGUCGCGAAGACGAAGCGUCGCAGGCGCUCGACGCGCUGCGCGCGAAGAACGCCGCCGCGCUCGAGGACGCGGCGAAGCGCGGCGCGAGGGCGCGCGACGACGCGGAGCGCCUUCGAACUUCGGACGACGCGGAGAGGACGCGGGAGAGGACGCGAUCGCUCGCGGAUUCGUCCGCGGCGCUCGACGCGUCCGCGGCGCUGUGCGCGAAAGUAACGGCGGAGAGGGAUGCGUUGAGGGAGGUCGCGACCGCGUGUGAGGCGACGAUCGCGACGCUGCGGUUGGAGAUGAUCGCGCGCGACGCGGCGAUCGAGGCGGCGGAGGGGCGCGCUGCGGCGUCGGCGGACGCGACGACGCGACUGAGGCGCGUAUUCCAUUCCUCACACUGGUUCCCAUACGACCGCGUCGGCGUGGUGGACGCCGUUCCUGAAGGAGUUUUGCCGUCCUCUUUCUCCCCCCACCCCUGGCUUUCAAUCCCGACUCACCUCGACGCCUUUCAACUCCGCCAUCUGACGCCUUUCAACUCCACCCCGACGUUCGCUCGUACAGAACGACCCUGA